AUUAACGACCUGGCUAGCAGUGAUAACGAUGUUAUUAGCAGCCCGGCAGACGAAGAAGCAGAAGCAGAAGAUGCUGCUGCCAUGGCUAAUGACGACCUCGACGAGAAUGGUGAUGGUCCUUCGAGCCAGCCGGGAACUCCGGCCACCCCGCAGCUGAAUCUGACCGGAUCCACCAUCAUCAUCGAAUCAGCGACGGGAGCCGGAACAAUUCCGAGGAGCCGGAACAAAACCCUACCGGAUAUGAUGGAAGACAUUUGCAGCCGGGAUUAUUUCACCCUGCUGAAGGACAACAUGACCCAGCUGAUCCUGAUUGGAGUUUGUGCCACUGUUUAUGCGGUGCUGCUGGCUUGUCUCUACAAACGGCGGAUCAAUGAAAUCUACCUGUUCCAGGUUUCGUACGUGGUCAUGGUGACGCUCCUGGCGCUGGAUGUCUGCUUCAGUUUUGCUCCUUCGGCCAAAAAAUUCACAUCUUCCGGCGGUUGCACCGUGAUGGCCAUCUACAUCAUCUACACGAUGCUUCCCAUCAGGCUGCGGGAAGCCGUAGUCGGUGGAACGCUCCUUUCGGUGACCCACUUCCUGCUUACCUUCUUCAUGAACGAAUCGGAUGAUUUCGACGUUCUUUACUCCGAUCUCAUAACGCUGGGCUGUACCAACGCAACCGGCAUUCUACUGCACUGGCCCAAGGAGAAGUCCCAGCGGAAUGCGUUCAUGGAAACGCGUCAGUGCGUCGAAGCGAGGCUUCGAAUACAGCGCGAGAAUCAGAAGCAGGAACAGCUGCUGCUCUCGGUGCUACCGAGACAUGUGGCGAUGGAGAUGAAGAGCGAUAUUGCUGUUCAGCAUCGGGAGGAGGCUCAGUUUCAUAAGAUCUACAUUCAGCGGCAUGAGAAUGUUAGCAUUCUGUUCGCUGACAUCUGUGGGUUUACGUGUUUGUCGGACCAGUGUACAGCGGAGGAGUUGGUGAGGUUAUUGAACGAACUGUUCGCCAGAUUUGAUCGGCUAGCGCAAGAGCAUCACUGCUUGAGGAUCAAGCUGUUGGGGGAUUGCUACUACUGUGUUUCCGGACUUCCGGAAGCUCGGCCUGAUCACGCGGCCUGUGCGGUAGAAAUGGGCCUAGACAUGAUCGACGCCAUUGCUUUGGUGCGGGAAGUCAUGGCAGUUAAUGUGAACAUGAGGGUCGGGAUUCACACCGGUCGGGUUCAUUGCGGGGUCUUAGGGCUCCGAAAGUGGCAAUUCGAUGUGUGGUCCAACGAUGUUACGCUUGCGAACUACAUGGAGAGUGGAGGGAUCCCCGGAAGGGUUCACAUCACCAAAGAGACGCUAAAGUGUUUGGGUGAUCACUACGAGGUCGAGGAAGGUCGAGGAGCCGAUCGGAACAACUACCUUAAGGAUCACCAGAUCCAGACAUAUCUUAUAGUUCCUAAGGAAUUCCGGGCGCACACGAUCUCGAAGCAGUCCUCGGCGGUAAAUGGGAACAUCAGUAAGGAGCUACGGAUGAUGGGCCACUGGUCCAAGAUGGGGUUCAACGACAAGCAGGAGCCAAAGAGCACCGAGGAGGAGGUAAACGACUAUCUCAUAAAGGCGAUCGAUGCCCGGUCGAUCGAUCGGCUGCGGAUGGAUCACUGCAAGCGCUUCCAUCUUACCUUCAUCAAGGACGACAUCGAGCAGAAGUACUGCCGGGAGCCGGACCCGAUGCUCAAUGUCUACUUCUACUGUAGUAUCAUCAUCUUCUUUGGGAUCAUGUCGAUCCAGGUGCUAGUGUUUCCUAUGGACCAGUACAGCUAUUGGGUUUACGGUGUUCUAACCGUAACGCUACUGGUGUCAUGUGUUCCUGUUUUCUCUAGAGAAGAUACGAAAAUUUCAAGCUUCUUCCGAACGAUGUCACAGAAAAUUCACGGUCGAAGGGAGUUGGCUCAAGUGAUAUCGUUAUGCGUUGUCGUCACUGUGAUAUGUUUAGCUUACUAUAAACUGACUUUAUUCUUCUACCAAUCGCUUAACGACAAUUAUUUCUUAGAGUGGCCUAGUAAUUGUAAAGAGUCUAAAUACGUUAAUAUUCUAUUGCUUCUAACCCUGCUUGCCUUACUGACCUGUGCGGUCCAUCAGUUUAUUCGCAUUCUGUUCAAGAUUGUCCUGCUGGUAGUCAUCUUGGUGUGCUACAUCGCAUCGAUCGUCGUGCUGGCGCUGAUCUUCGAUCGACAUUGCGAACCUUGGUUCCUAACGACCGAACGGUUCCUGAUCGACGUGGCCUUUCUGGUGGUGUUCGUCAUCGGUCAGAUCAUGCACAGCCAACAGACGGAAAUCACCCGGCGGUUGGAUUUCAUCUGGAAGCUGCAGGCCACCGAGGAGAAGGAGGACAUGGAACAUCUGCAGGCCUACAACCGGAAGCUGCUGGCCAACAUCCUGCCUGUUCACGUGGCCGAUCAUUUUCUGCGAAGGGAGAAGAACAUUGAGGAAAUCUACCACGAGCAGUGCGAUCGGGCUUGCGUAAUGUUCGCCUCGAUUCCCAACUUUUCCGAGUUCUACAUCGAACUGGAGGGUAACAACGAGGGCGUUGAAUGUCUACGGUUACUCAACGAAAUUAUUGUAGAUUUCGAUGAGUUGCUGGGCCUAGAUCAGUUCAAGCAUGUCGAGAAGAUUAAAACGACCGGAUCGACCUAUAUGGCCGCUUCCGGUCUCACGCUGAGGGCCAAUGAUGUCAAAGAAACGGGACACGUUUUCGCCAUGAUGGACUACGCCCUGGAACUGUUCAAGAAGAUAACCGACGUCAACGAGCAUUCCUUCAACAACUUCCGGAUGAGAAUAGGGAUCAACAUUGGUCCGGUAGUGGCCGGGGUAAUCGGGACCCGGAAGCCCCAGUACGACAUCUGGGGUAAUGCGGUUAACGUAGCUUCCCGGAUGGAUUCGACAGGGAUAAUGGACCACAUCCAGGUCACGGAAGACAUCUACGAGAUCGUGAAGGACAAGGGUUACAAUCUGACCUGCCGGGGGACGAUCAACGUCAAGGGCAAGGGUACGAUGGUCACCUACUUAAUGCCCGGAAUUGCCAAGGACCAGAACUAAGAGAUAGCAAGUUGUCGAGUGGCGGAUGAGAGCAGUUUCCAUUUACAUUUCCAAGCCGAAACGAAAAGUGUUAUUCUGUGACAUAUCAAAGCAUGAAGAUUUUACUGUAGUCAAGCCACACAAAUAGUCCAAAGGAGAGAUCAAGCAAGACGAAUAGUUUAGUUUAAGAAGUCCUUAGUUCAAAUGUUUUAAUUAUUGCCUGAAGGGUUGCCAUUUCAGUUUAUUGUAAAUCAAACAAUCAUCAAAUUACGAUAUUUUUGUUUUCAUUUGAACAUUGAAGAGGAAACUACUUAAUUGAAGUUCGAUCAAUCCACCCAAAGUAUUUAUGAAACUCACAUCAAAUGUUCGAAAUAGUAGUCGAAUAAAUCACUCUUGGUUAGUUCUUGCACUGGAAAAAUAUAAACAAAUGACUGAUUUUCCACCUUUAGAUCGAGUACAGAAAUUAGUUUAAAAAAACCAAGACGCAAAAAACAUCGUAAACUAAGAGUUUCACAUCUUCAAAUUGCUGAGGAACUAAAUCAAAAUAACCGAAAUAAGAUUCACUGCUUCCAAGUCCAUGGCACGUAGAUUGUAGCAAUCAUCCGAUGUUAGAACCGAAAAAUACAAAACAUCUUGUAGUUGAUGAACAGUUGUAGAUUACAUCCCGUGGAGAAAAAAAUUAAGUCCUAGACUAUCUCUGUCAAUUAAAAUCACGCUCUGUUGUACAGUGGAAAAUAUUUAUUUAAAAUAGAAACAAAAAGCUCAGCAAAAACAUGACUUGACCAAAAUCCACCUGAAACAGGAAAUUUUGUAAAACAAUCCAACCAUCAUCAAUCACAAAAACUUAAAUGCAGGGCUCCCACAAAGCUGGAAUCGAAAGAGUAAAAAACAAAACAGUAGAACUGUUUGAAUGAGAAAUAUUUUUGAAAAAAAAUUGAUUUUCAAAAGAUAAGAAAGCUAUAUUUUGAGAAAAAGGUUUCCGAAGACAUUUUUCAUCAACCAAAGUGAAGACCAAAUACUGAAAUACUUGAAACAAAAAUAAUUGAAAAAAAGUAAUAAAAUUUGCUCUUAGCUUCGUUUCAUACAACUUUGCCUAAAACAAUCACUCGUAACCUGUCGUUAAUAAAAAAAAGCAAACUUUUUUUUCGAAUAAGUUAACCAAAGAAAAAAAAACUAUGCUGAAACAGUAUUACGCCGAUCUGAUUAACAAAAAAGAAGGACUCUAGGAGGCUACUUACUUACUAAUAUAGAAGAAAAAUGUUGUACAUUGGAUAGACUAUACUCUGUUGAUUCUACUACUAAAAUAUAAUAUAGAUGGAAUUUAUACAUACCUGUAUGCUCAUUUAUUAGCGGCAAAACUGAACCGAAUGAAGGUGAAACAGAAAUAAAUGUUGAAAUCGAAAAUUGCCUAAGAAAGAGAUAGUAGUCAGUGUAAUUUAUUGAAAAGAAGCAACCAAAAAAAAAAAUUAUAGUGAGUAUCUGUUUUGACUUUCGGUGACUGAAAGUC